AUGUGUCGAUGCGUUCUGGAGGAAGAGACACAACGCAUCUUAGCUGAGUGUCAUGACUCUCCUUAUGAAGGGCAUUUUGAUGGGAAAAGAACCGUAGCAAAGUACAUCCUGUUUGCAGUAGAUUAUGUAUCUAAGUGGGUAGAAGCAAUAGCCUGUGCUAGGAAUGAUGCGUCCACUAUAUCUAAGUUUCUUAUCAAGAACAUCUUUACACGCUAUGGAACGCCAAGAGCCCUGAUAAGCGACGAAGGUACGCACUUCAUUAAUCGCAUCAUUUCCAAAUUACUUGCAAAAUAUAAUGUCAGGCACAAGAUCGCUACUGCUUACCACCCACAAACAAAUGGUCAAGCAGAAGUAUCAAAUCGAGAAAUGAAAUGUAUCCUGGAGAAAGUCGUCAAUGCAAUGCGAAAGGAUUGGGCACAGAGGUUGGAUGAAGCACUCUAG